GAAACUUGGAGCGGGCAGAAGAAGAAAGCCUGACUUUACCUUCCAAAAGAAACUGGGGGCCAUAAACAAGGGGCUGGAUCUAUGCAGCAUGUGUACUACAUCUAUGUUUACAUGAGGACAUGUUUUGAUUCCUUUCGGGACAGCUCUGACACAUUGGGAGGGUGUUUCAGCUUCUGCUGUGUGUGUUGGAUGUGUGUUAAAGCCCGUGUGUGUGAGCGAGGGCGAAGAAAUGCUGAAAAGCCUCGAGGGGGAUUUCCUCUGAAAGGGAAUGCUUUCUCCUCCCCCUCUCAGACAAGCUUCUCCUUCCCUCUUCCCAGCCUCGCUCCCCCGAUGCUCAGAGAAAGCCGGGAAGCGAAGGAGAAGAAGUGAAAGAGGAGCUGGAAGAUCAACAGGCAGCUUCUGAACUUUCUGAGGCACGACGACAGUGUGCACGGAGAAUGGCGUUAACUUUACUUAUUCAUCAAGGAAGGCAGCUCACUGUCAUGUGGAUGUACUUCAGCCAGCUUCUAUUGUUGAUGUUCUAAACAUGGCAAGUCUCCUAUAGCCAAGGGGGGCAGUCCUGAGAGAAUUCAAGGACCAAAAAUGACUAAAGUUUCCACCUCAUAGUGAAGAAAGUCCUGCAAACAUGAAUCCAGAAUCUCUGGACCUGUCCAUUCAGACCGCCCUGUCGGCCCUCUUCCCUCCCUUUGAGGUCACCGCACCCAUCGUCAUCAGCCAGCUCUUUCGGACCAUAGAGGAACGUUACCAUGGCGACGCUCUGCAGUGCCUGCUGGACUUCCUGAUUCCUUCCAAACAUGUGCUGGAGAGUGUCCAGCAGGCUGCAUGUGCUGGAUACUCGGAUGUGGUUUUCCGCUGUGAAGGCUGGCCGCUGUGUCUCCACGAUAAAACCGUUAUCCAGUUGGCGCCUGUGAACCCUUUACUGUUGCGUCCCGGAGACUUCUACUUCCAGGUGGAACCUUUUGGUGACCAAGCCGCACGGAUUGUCCUCAAGAGUCUCCUGGAGGAAGGCUGUCGAGAAGUCGAGGAAACCCCUAUCCCUGAGACUUCUUACCCCUGCAUCUUCACUGAGGACUGGCUGAAUGACAUCAACGAAGGACGCCACGGAACUGCUCUUUCUCGCUGCCUGCUUUGCACUGACCAGGGAGUAAUCAAGUUGCCUUGGGCUAAGAUUGCCAUCCCAGAAUUCCUGGACAGACCAAAGAAAAUGUCUGUUUGUGGUAAGACACAGACAGAGAGCAAAGCGGUCUCUGCUCCCUCUCAGUUUAACGCUGCCACCCUCCCAGUGGGCGCUGUGAUUUCUCCAAGACAGGACAAGAUGUCAGCAUCUCUCAGACCUGUGCAGUCCAGACUUAUCAAAGUGGAACAUGAGAGAAGAGUCCCAAAAUUAGGGACCAAACCAUUAAUCAAACCCGUGGGGUGGGUUUCUCCUAACACGUGGGAGAGUCACAGCUUUCAGGGGAUGGAGGGCGAUUAUGUGGAUCUGGUGGACAUUUCCAAAGGGAAGCAGAGAGGCAGCUGUGAAAUCCAGAACAAAUUAGUUUCCCUCCAACCUGUCAGACCUCCCCCACCAAUUCCACUUGGACAGAAAGCCUUCUGCAGACACGCCCCUCAACAUGCAGAGGACCCAUGUAACCCAUGCAGCCAAAUGCAGCCAGGCCAAGAGCUCUCAGAUCCAGACUUGAAGUGUAGGUACAGAGAAUCCUACCUGGAGGCGCUAAGCAACCCGGUAGCGUUUGAGAGGGGGGGUGCAGACCUGCUGUCUGCUUUGGAAGAGGUACACCUGUGUGAGGAGGGGGAUGGAAAGGCCAUAGGAGCCCCUGAAGCUCCCGAAAAGCACCUGGAGAACAUCUGUAAUGGCUGCAAUUUUCCUGUAGAGUGCAAUGAAUCCUGUCAGUGUAAUCCCAACAAACUUCUGCCUCCUGAGAAUCUUGACCUCCAUCUUCUGUCCAGCCCAGAACCUGAAAUCAUCCCAAAGGAAACCAUCUCAAAUCUGAGCGUUCAGGCUAAGCAAGCCCCCCAGCAGUUUGGCAGCACAGCUGUUGUGCAUCCGCCGUUGGAUGUGACCUCGGUGACGUGCGACGCGGAACCGAAGCCCCACCAAAUGGGGGAGGCUGUAAAAUCAAGCAAACACAAGGUUAAAGGAAGGUCAUUGUCCACUGUGUCGGAGACUCCUGCAGGGAGUCCUGUUCUCUAUCAGCUCAACAGCAGAAGCCACAGUGACGUUUGUCCGGAGACCAUCGCGAAUCUGAUCCACGGCAGAAAAGGUGCACGGCCGGAUCAACAGGCUGGGAGGUCGGAAAGGCACAAGGGCUCAAGAAAAGAAUUCCGCUCCUGCAGAAGUGAAACUCCAUCCUCUACAAAUGAACUUUCUGCAACAAGUUCCAGCUCUCAGCAGAACCUCCAGACCUCAGAAUCAGCUUUCAGCAGGAUCAGCAGCCUGCUGGAACUGGGCAUUAUUUCCUUACCAGGCAGCAGGGACAGGAACGGCAGGGCAGUGGUUGAGGUCCAUGGAGACAGAGAGGAGUGGAUGUCCCCUCUGGUUUCUGCACAGAGUGUCUGUGAGCUGCUGCUCUACCUUCACUCCAUACCGAGGAAAGAUGUUCGAGAGCUGGGAAUAACUUUACUCAUCAACGCCAGGAAGAGGCCUCCUCCGCUUCACCUCUACAAAGCUCUGCUAAUGGCUCAGGAACAGGCUCUUCAUGCGGUUCACUGCAUCAUCAUUUUGAUGGACAAGGACACCUGUCCACGACCUGAGAAACACCCCGGCCUGCAGAUGGACAUGGUGACUUCCUUGAGAGCUCUAAACAAGACAGUGGAGGCGUCACAGGUGACCUCUGACCUGGGAGGGACCUUCAUAUACAGUCACACUGACUGGCUGCAGUUUCACCGGAAACUCGUCUCCUUCAUGGACGAGCUGCGAGGGGCUGACAGCUUGUUGCAAAUGGCCAUCAAGAAUGUGGACAGCAGAAAACAAAUGGACACCACUCAGGAAGUGCAACAGAGCAUUCAGGAACAGAAGAUUUUGAUGAAAAAUGUACUUGAAGAUGCAAGACUGGUAACUUUGCAAAGGGAGGGAGGAGCCUUACUGGCCAGGAUGAAGAGGGAAGAGUUUAGAUUUCCGCAGUCUGAAGAUUACAGAGACGCUUUAGAGUCCGUGACGAGUCUGUACAACCAAGUGGAGGAAAAACUGCACAUGCUAGUGAUGAGAUCAAACGAGUCCCUUCAACACUUGGAGGUCCUGCUGAAGAUCAGAGAGACAGAAGCAGAAGUCAUCACUGCUGGGAUGUGGUUCAGCACAGACGGUGAACAAAGACUGAAGGACUUUUGCACAACAGAUGACACAGACAUUAAAAAAACCUUUCAGGACUUCAGCCUCUUUUUGGCGCUCUCAAAGGAGAAGCAGCAGCACGCUCUGACUUAUGUAAAGGAGGCUGAGGAGAUCAUUGAAACUAGGAACUCGUCUCCUGCUGCCGACAUUUUUCGCACUCUCACGAGCACUUUUAAAUCCAACAUGGAAGACUUCAUGUUACGGGCAGAACGGCGGCAGAAAGAACUGAGCUCAAUGGCUCAGGUUUACACGUUUUGUGAGCAGGCCUCUUCUGUUGCAAAAGAAUGUGCCCAGUUUGUGGAGCAGGUAGAGGAGGGCUGCUUGUCAGCGCAGACCCUGAGCACUCUCCAGCUGUAUAAGGAGCGACUGGGAGGGGAAUUCUCCGACUCCCAAUUCCAGGCUCUGAGAGCUAAAGCCUGCACCAUGGGAUCAGGGGCCUCUGGGAUGAUGAAAAUGUGGAAUGCAGCCCGGGUGCGAUGCCAAGAAGUCAAGCAGCGUCUAGAGGAGACGCAAAGGAAAAAACGAGGCAAAGAUAAGAACCAGAUCCCACAGACCGCAGCUGUGAACCCUCGAGGGGAAGAAACUCAGAUAAAGGGAGGGAGUGAGCUGGAGGAGGCUGAAGGCUCUUCAAUCCUGCAGCCAAUCUGCCAAACAAAGGCGGCCGACACCACUGCUGUUCCACACUUGAAGCACGAUUUUAAAAAUGGGCUUCAAGAGACUCCAACCCAAGACUCCAAAUCACUGCAGCUUCCUGAACCACAUCUGAAAAAUGCUCAAGUUUCCCCACAAGUCCUUGGCUGCCAUCCAGAAGGCAAAUGGAGACCAAGAGAUCACCGCAGCGAAUCGGAUCUGAGGACCGCAAAGGUGCCAAAGGGUUUGCUGCUUCACCAGAACUUGGGCCGCUCCCUCAGCGAGGGCUCCCGUGCAACAAGCAUGACGACUUUUGUGCCUGCAGCCAUCAGACACCAUCAUUGUCACAGCAGGACACAGUCCCUGGAUGAAAACAUGCAGCCCAAUCACAACCCUCAUCUGGAAAGGCCUCCUCCAGAGCAGAAAAGCAAGGAGGCGAGAGGAGAUGAUGGGAAACGCGAGGAACUCACAGAUUCCUGUAAAGAUUUAAGGAGUUCUGUGAUGUUACAAACACCCACAGAAAACACCAGCAACUUUCUAAGAGUACGGAAGAUUUUGGAGGAGCUGCUGUCCACAGAGCGGGAGUACGUCAAGGCCCUGGCGUACGUCCGGGAGCAUUACUUCCCCGAGCUGGAGAGGCCCGACGUCCCGCAGGACCUCAGGGGUCAGAGGGGAAGCGUCUUUGGGAAUUUAGAGAAACUCCACGACUUCCAUCACCAUCACUUCCUGGAUGAGCUGGAGAGCUGUCUGAGUGAACCCCUCCGAGUGGGACGCUGUUUUCUGCGACAUAGGGAGAGCUUUGCUUUGUAUGCCCUCUACAGCAAGAACAAGCCGCAGUCGGACAGUCUCCUCAUCAAUCACGGACACGGUUUCUUCAAGCAGAAGCAGCUGAAGCUGGGGGAUAAAAUGGACUUGUGGUCGUACUUGCUGAAGCCCGUGCAGCGCAUCAGUAAGUACAGUUUGCUGCUGCAGGACAUGAUGAGGGAGUGCACACCUGAUCAGACCAGAGAGAUCUCUGAAAUCAAGGCAGCCAUGGAGGUCAUCAACUUCCAGCUGCGCCAUGGCAACAACCUGUUGGCCAUGGACGCCAUCCGCCACUGUGACGUGAACCUGAAGGAGCAGGGGCAGCUGCUGCGCCAAGACGAGUUCAUGGUGACGUUCAGAAAAAAGAAAUGUUGCCGUCACGUCUUCCUCUUCCAAGAACUCGUUCUCUUUAGCAAAACCAGGAAGACGGAUUCGGGAAAUGACACAUACAUCUACAAACAGUCAUUUAAGACAUCCGACAUAGGCAUGACCCAGAACAGUGGAGACAGCGGUUUGUGCUUUGAGAUCUGGUUCAGAAAGAGGAAGAGCGAGGACACAUACACGCUGCAGGCAGCCAGCAGAGAGAUGAAGGAGGCCUGGACCAGAGAGCUGGAACAGAUCCUGUGGGAGCAGGCCAUACAUAACAGAGAGGUUCGCAUGCAGGAAAGAGUGUUCUUGGGUAUUGGAAACAAGCCGUUCAUUGACAUCCAGCCCAGCGAGGCAGCUAUUCACGACAGAGCCAUUAACUAUGCACUGAUGGGAAGAGAAAACAAGGUGCUUCUGCCAUGUGGGAGUAAAGUUCAGCCCUCAGGGGCGCGACCGAAAUCAAUCGGUUCUGGCAGCAGCUCGGCUUCCUCCUCUUCCUCGGGGCGAGGGUCCUUGUCUCCUGAAGGAUAUGUGCGUUUGCCGAAGCGGAGGGUAGUCUCAGACGGAGGAUAUGCGUCACCUCCAGGGUCCCUGGAGGAGGAUGAUCUGGACCAGGAGAGCGGCAGUCACAACUUGUUGUUGGACAGUUCUGAGUCUUCAGGAGAGAGUGUCUGCGGCCUCAGCAGCUCAGGCCACAGCUUCCGGUCAGCCGUGGGGGGAGAGAUGGAUGACACCUCCUCAGUUUGUGCCCCCAUAAAGACUCACCAUCAAGCUGAGGCUCUCGUUGGCUUUUCAAAGGCACAUUCUGCAACUGGACCAGUUGUGAAAACACAACCACCUGUUGCACCCAAGCCCAAACACAAAGCACUGCACUGGAACAAGGAUCCAUCGUUCAGCAGCAAGGUUCAGGACACAGGUGCUGGAAAGUCCACUGAGGUUUGACUCGUAGAGAUUUGAAGCAUUUUGAGGUAUAUGAGAUGUCUCUGCAUCCGUCUUGGCGAUGGCAGUAUUUACACACACAUGCCAAAUAUUCCAGCUGUUUCUCCGAUCUGUCACCCUUCUGUAGAUAAAGAAUAUCACAAACACUCCGACAAUAGAUUGGACAUUUCUGUAGAAUUUGCUCAUCUGAUGUAAA